AAAUUUCAUUCUUGUUUCACAUUUUGACCAGAGAAUACAAUAUUUUCUUGCUUAACAAAUUUAAACAUUCUUAAAAAAGCGUACUCAUCUUAUAUUUGCAUUAAUUACGAACUUUUAAAACUUUUGGACAAAAAAUGUUUCGACUUGGACAACUCGCCUCAAUCUUCGGGGGAAGAAAUCUCUUUAUCAUGCAACAGAGUACAAGAUUCGCCUCCAUAAUUUCCGACGGGCGUGGAAAAUGUGACGAGAGUUUCGACUCCAAUUACAAGAUGUGUUUCGGGCCCAGUAGUGAAUCACAUCUGGGAAUAAAAGACGUCACCAAGGAGAACGUCUGGGGGUAUAAAUUUCCCCAGGUUUGUCUCAAGUAUGGGAAGGAAGAUUCGAUUCAGCACGCUUUGGCAGUUGGCAUUGACGCGUCCUACCCGAACUCGUCUCGUUAUCUGGACCGGGGAGAUAAAUCACUGCACGUCCUACCCACCUUUUUGCUCCCAUUGGCCAACAAGAUUUUAAUGGAAUUGUCGCGACAGUCGCAAAUAAUUCCGAACGAUAGGACCGUUCAUGGGGAGAUUUAUAUCAAAAUGUUACACCCUCUCGAACCAGAAGGGGAAAUUUGGUACGACUUGGAACUCGUAGAUAUCCUGGAUAAAGGAAAGGGGACCCUGUACUGUUACAAUUUUCACGGGACGGAUACAACCGGAACCAAAAUAUUUCUUAUUGAAUACCAAAUGUACGAGAUUGGGACGGGAAGCGACUCAUCUUCCGGAAAAGGGCGGCCGACCCGAUCAGAAAAAGUCAUACCCAUCCUGCCCCCACCACAGGGGAAGGAACCGGAUGUCGUCUUCCCCUUCACCGUGGUCCCAUUCGAUCCCAAAUAUUUUGACGAGGAGGGAUCCCCCUUGGCGAAAAAUGUGUCCAUUUAUUCCACCCAGCAUUACAAGCAGUACUACUCGAUCACCGAUAAGCUUCGCCCGGAACCCAGGUGCCACGGGAGGUACUAUUUGGGCGGCGUGAUUCAGAGUAUUUUCAAAUAUUUUGGAGAUGGAGAUGCCUCAAAGUUCAAAAGUGUGAAGACGCGACUAGCAUAUCCUGUCUCUCCUGGGGAGACGAUUUUAACAAAGGCGUGGCAUCUCGGGGAGAGAAUUCAAUUCGAAACUUUUUCAAAACAAAAUGGAAAGUGCGUUUUGCAAGCUUCAUAUAUCGAUCUGGAUUGAUGUUCAAGAACAGUUUUAUUAUUUUUUGACAUUUAUUUUUGUUGUUAUCUUAUUCCUCGUAUUUCUCGUAUUGUAAAAUAAGUUAUGUACGACAGUUACGAGAUUUUGUAAGGGAAAGUUCAUAUAUUUGAUACGUCAUCAAAAAUUUUGGUGUAUGGUUUUGGGUCGCUUAUCUUAUUCGCGUUAAGCUUGACAUUAAUAGGAUGAGGAAGGGGUGGGUGAGUUGAGUGUUAAAAAAAUCUACGUUUUUUGACAGCGUAAUAUAUGCAUAUUCCCCAAGCCCCGUAAGAUCUUGUCAUCAAAAAUCACGUUACUAAGGUUACGAUUUUUACGAAGUGUGACCCCUUGUUUUUCUUCGCAAACUAUUUUAAGGUACUUACAAUUUUUACAACUUUGACAAAUAUUUUGACCAAUUCCAACCAUCGCACAACUGCCUCAAGAAACGUUUGUUGUUUUGACUUGGACCACAUAAUUUUAAAAUUUCAACCAAAUCUGAGUGUUACACUUCAUAUCAUCGCAUUAUAAGAUAAUUGUGAAUACCCUCAGUAAUUAUGUUUCUUAUAAAUUGAUAAAUAAAUCAAUACAAAUAACAAAGCUUA